AAAAAGAGUGAAGAAGAAAGACACAGUCGCUUCACUGUUGUUGGGUUCGUUGAAGAUAUUAUACGGAACACAGUGUCGGAAUCUCUCUAGUCACAGUUCUACUUCUCCAUUGACAUCAUCGGCAAGCUCCUCCUCCAUCGAUGAUUCGUGUCAAGACCUCGAACACCUUGUGACUGUUUUGUGGAUUUGUCUCCAUCUAAUGGAGAUUGCCUCUGUAUGAGAAAGAAAAAGUCAAUUCCUUUGCUGCAAUGAGAAUACUUUCUCGAUUUGACAUCCGCAGAUUGCUGUCGGCCAUCAUCGUUACCGUUGGUUUAGUUGUUCUACUUGUUCUCUGUUUCGGUAUCCCCUGUCGCAAUUAUUUUUGCUUGUCUCCGGUUAAGGUUUCAGGGAUUGUACUUGUAGCUAACCCCAAUGAAGUCUCUGUGGUCAAAACAGAGAUGAAUCUCUCUAGUAAUGAUGAUGAUGAAGAAGGGACAAGAAACAAUGAUUCCCCUACUAGAAAAAAUGUUGUUGCAGUCAGCAAUGUAAAAGUAGAGCUUAAUGUAUCUGUUAUUGCUUCACCAAAUCUAUCAUUGGGGAAGCCUGAAAUGGCUGUUGAAGGUUCGGUUUUGGUUAGGAGUAAUGCUUUGUCUACUAUGAGAAGACAGAAGCAAGUGGCUGCUACAGUUUCCAUAUCUCAGAUGAACUCAUUGCUGAUCCAAAGUCUUCCUUCUUCUCAUUCCCCUAAGCCUCGUUGGUCAUCUGCUCGAGACUCUGAAAUGCUCUCUGCAAAAUCUGAGAUUGAGAAUGCUCUUGUUGUUCAUGACUCUCUUGGACUUGAUGCUUCCGUUUAUCGAAAUAUCUCCAAGUUUCUAAGGAGUUACGACUUGAUGGAGAGGAAACUUAAAGUCUAUGUGUACAAGGAAGGAAAGAAGCCUAUAUUCCAUAACCCGAAGCCUCGUGGAAUCUAUGCCUCUGAAGGUUGGUUCAUGAAACUCAUGGAAAGCAACAAGAAGUUUCUAGUAAGAGACCCUAGGAAGGCUCAUUUGUUCUACAUACCUGUCAGCAUUAAAGCUCUCAGGACCUCUCUGGGACGGGACUUUCAGACACCAAAGAGUCUUGCGGACCAUUUGAAGGAAUAUGUGGAUUUUAUAGCAGCUAAGUACAAGUUCUGGAACCGAACUGCUGGAGCCGAUCACUUCCUUGUUGCUUGCCAUGAUUGGGGCAACAAACUGACAAAGAAACACAUGAGUAACAGUGUCCGUUCACUUUGUAACUCAAAUGUUGCACAAGGCUUCAGAAUUGGGAUCGACACAGCUCUACCGGUCACAUAUAUACGCUCUGCUGAGUCUCCUAUUGAGUACCGUGGAGGAAAACCUCCAUCAGAGAGGAAGAUUCUUGCAUUCUUUGCUGGAAGCAUGCAUGGAUAUCUUCGACCGAUUCUUGUUCAGCUUUGGGAGAACAAAGAAACUGACAUGAAGAUCUUCGGUCCAAUGCCUCGUGACCCUCAAGGCAAGAAACAGUACCGUGAAUACAUGAAGAGCAGCAGGUACUGCAUUUGUGCAAGGGGUUAUGAAGUCCAUACUCCUAGGGUUGUGGAAGCUAUAAUAAAUGAAUGUGUCCCAGUUAUCAUUGCUGACAACUAUGUUCCGCCCUUUUUCGAGGUUCUGAACUGGGAGGAAUUUGCAGUGUUUGUAGAGGAGAAAGACAUAGAGAAUCUGAGGAACAUUCUGCUGUCUAUACCAGAAGAGAGAUAUAUUGGAAUGCACGCAAGGGUAAAGACGGUGCAGCAACAUUUCCUGUGGCACAAGAAACCUGCGAAGUUUGAUCUCUUUCAUAUGAUUUUGCAUUCAGUUUGGCACAGCCGAAUUAACAGGAUUAAAACCAGGUUAAGGCAUUGAAAUCUUGUAAGGGCUUGUUAAAACUUUUCAUUUGUAACGUUAUGGAACCUUUUAAGAAUAGAUAUAUUCAAUAAUGAGUUUCAAUGUCAGAUUGGGGAUGUCUAGGAGGAUGCUACAACUAGUGAAUUUGCUCGCUUGGUGUUACUUUCAUUGUUUUCAUACAAUCCAACCAAAAUAGAGAAGGAUAAGCUAAUUAAUACACAAAAAGACACUGAAUCUACGUUGCAAUCACAUAUAGGCAUUGCAUCUAGAAAGAGAAGCCAAUAAACUAUUUAUUUGGAUCUAAUCUCUGAUGCCAUGAUCAAAGAGGUAACCUUAUUCAACAGCUCUACCUUUUCUUGAGCACAUUUAUCUUUCAUAAUCUUCAACAUGUCUUCAAAUUUUUGACAUUCAAGUUCAUUAGCAAGCAACUUCUUCAUCUUCCCAUGGGUUUCCUUCUUAGUCUCAGUUGACACUUUGGUCCAUUUUUCUUUCAAAAAAUCCAUACCAACAAAGAAAGCAGUUUCAUCCCAAUCAGAUACAAGUGGUGACUUCUUCAUAUCUCUACUACCUUCUUGAACAUUCCUACCCUUAGCCUUUGGUGGAGAGACCAAGUCAAGCUUCUUUGACACUCUCCUCCUCUCACUCUUGUUUAAUUUCCCGUUAGCAGACUCAAAAGCUAUCCCGUGAGCUCCCCAGAUAAGCUUUGACAACUGAAAACACUUUUGUUGAUGCGGAUUCAAACAAGAAGCUUCUCCACCCCUCAUCACUUUAUUUCUAUAACUCCUCUUCAGAUUUUGAAUCUUAACCUUGAACUGAUCCAACGUAACAUCAAAGCUAAAAGAGCCCUUCAAUGAUUCGUAGAGUGUGCGCUUAUUCUCAAAUGGAUUCUUCCCUUUGCAAUCAAUAAUACCUUGUAGCAAAACAAUCUCAUCUUUAUCAGUAAACAGUCUAUUCUUCUCAAUUUCAAUGGGUGACAUCCCUUCCCUCAGCCGCUUCCUCGGUGGAGCAUCUUCCGGUUCGUCUUCUUCCGACGAAAAUAUGGUAUGGCCUUCUUCUUCAGACUCCAUUUCUUUCUCGCCGGCGCUUGAAGAUGAUGAUGAUGGGUGCUUCGGGUUGCUUGCCAUGCGAUUGGCUUUCGGAACUACUCGAUUUUAGGGUUUUGUGUACAGCAGCAAGUCCAGAAAGAUUCCGAAUUAAGUUGAUCACUCUUCGAGAAAGAUUUUUGCUUAAAUCUCCUCAAAACUACAUUAUGAC